CUCUCGCAAAGUCUUUCAGGCAUGUUAAACAUAUUUAGUUUCAAAAAAUUUGCUUAUGCCGUGCCGUAACAAAGUACAUAAUGCAUUUCUAUUGUGAUUUUGGCAACUGAUAUAUGAUAUGCAUAAACCGUCGGCUCACUCACCCGGUCCCAGAUUCAAGAAAGUGAAUGCAGCCCUGCUAAGCGUUUGCCCCGAAUCUUCUUCCCCCUUCUUUCAUCAUCCCCGCAUACCGCUUCUCGUUCCGGCGAUGUCUGCUGUCGAAAAUACUGGCGCGAAUUCUCCAUUUACUCCACGGCUGCGUCCGUGUCUCCACUCUCGCCCCGGUGAUCAAGUCUUCACUGCGCAAGACUACAAGGACUAUCAUCAACACAGGACCUGGUGCCAGAACUGUUUGAGGCGAUUCCUUUCCGAGCCGGAAGGGCAAUUCGGGUGCAUUUUCGAGACAGAGGAUAAUAUAUGUUCGCAUUGCUUCGACAGUGGUCGUGAAUGUGUCUUAGUCUAUGACCUUGAGAUUGAUCCUUUGAUCCAAGAGCUUAUUGAUUUGGCCGCUGAGCACCGAGCCGGUCGAGUAUUCGCUGCUGCCGUCGUUGAGAAAGCCUGGGUCAUAAGUGAGGUUAUGAGGAAUAACAAGGCCGCAAAAGCCGCCGCUCAGGCUGCUGCUGCUGAAGCUCAGCGCCAGAUUGAGUUACAGAAGCUCCUAGCCUUGCGCCGCAUCGCGGACCAACUCAAAAAAAUGAACGAAAAGGAUAACGCAGCCGGUUACAAAUGGGAUUAG